AUGUUCCGAAAACGCAUGUGGGCAUUCCAGGAUACGCUCAAGCCGCUGCAGGGGCACACGACGAGGAUUCUAACGCGCGCUGACGAGUACUGCCAGGCGGGGGAGGAGUUCCGUCAGAAGGGCGUUUCCCUAGCUGAGGAGUUGUACAGCAAGGAGGCGUCGAGGGUGAUGUUCAGCAACAACUUCAUCGCGGAGGGGAUAGGAGACCUAGCGGCAAACAUGUCCAGCUUCACCACGGCGCUCAAGCAAGUCCACGAACUUGUCGCCCUCCUCGUUGAUAGCGUCAAGUCCGGUCUGGCAGCACCCCUAUACACCUUCAACGAAGGCUUCAGGGAUCUUGACGACCUUGCCGACGAGCUCGACACCAGAGGUCGCGAGUACGAGAGCACGCUGUCCAAGGCGCUGGACCAGAGGGAGCUGCCGACGGACGGACCGAUCCACGACAAGGCUGCCAGGGCGAGGUGGGACUUCGAGCUGUUCAGGUUCGAUGUGGUUCGCUACAUGAACCAGCUGGACUCGAAGAAGGUGCUCCUCCUGGAGACCGGGAUAAACAACACCUUUUACGCGCUGCUGGCGUUCUUCCAAGGGGGAGGGUCAAUCUGCGGGGAGAUGGAAAAGUCGAUGCGUCGGCGACAAGUGGUGCUGGACGGAAUGAACAAGAGACACGACCGGGAUAACGCCCUGUGGGCCUACGUCCGCUCUCGCCUGGAGGCGGAGUUGCAGGGGGCGUUGCCGCCCCCCGGGGCGCCUCCCGGCGCUCGAGCGCCCAUCAACCCCCGGGCGGCCUGUCCCGUGUACGUCGCGGAGCUGACGACGGAGGUGCUGUCGGCCGCUAGCCAAGAGGCGUCUGCGGUGGACAUGAUGCACUACAAGGACGAGGGCGUGCUCAAGCAGGGGUACCUCAUGAAGAAGCAUGUGUUUGGAUGGAAGGAUCGUUGCUGGUACCGUCUGCAUGCCUCCAAGCUCUACACGUUGGAGCUGAGUAGGGCGGCCGCAGGAGACGUGCCCGUGUGCGUCUUCGACCUCAGCAAGGGGGCCACGGUAGCCAAGAGGCCGGGGAAGAUUCCGUUCUGCUUCCUUCUGGUCGGGGAUGACGGCUAUAGGCUGGAGCUGCAGGCCGAGAGCGAAGACGAGAUGCUCAAAUGGAUGGCAGCGAUGCGGAGGUGCCAGCGGAUAGAGGAUGCCUCUCCCCGGGGUUCCACUGAUCUGCUGGGCACCGCGGACGGAAGAGCGGGGGGAGGGCGGAAGACGAUCGGGCUUCGAGCAGAAGCCCUGAUGGAUCGGUUUAGAAAAGCGAAUCCGUGCUGCGCCGAGUGCGGGAGUUCGAGGAUCGAGUGGGCCUCCGUGAACAUCGGCAUCACGCUGUGCGAGGCGUGCGCGACUGUCCACAGGGCGCUGGGUAGCUCGGUCAGCACGCUGCGAUCCUUGAAGCUGGACCCGUGGAGUGUUUUCGUCCUCCAGUCGCUGGUAGAAGACCUGGGGAACGAGAGGGCGCGGUGCGUGUGGGAGUUCAACGUCUCCCCGGGAUGGACCAAGCCGACGCCGGACUCGGGAGCCCAACACAGAGAGCAGUGGAUCAUCGCCAAGUAUCGGUGGUACGGCUUCGUCGGGAACGACACCAGAGAUGCCCCCCUCGUGUCCAAGGCCAUGAUACACGCGGCCGCCCGCGGCGACGUGGAGAGGGUAGUGUGGUGCAUCGCGCAUAAGGGAGAGGUGAACUGGUCGGAUCCCGACGAGAAAAGUGGCCGCACACCCCUGCACGCGGCCUGCGAGGCUGACAGGAGGCGCGCUGUCGCGAUCCUUCUGCUCAACGGGGCGAACAUGUACGCCAAGAACGCGCGGGGCGUGAGCUCUCAAGACCUUGUCAACCAAGACCCCUACUCUGAUCUCGCCCGCGUGUUGGCGGAGAAAGAGAGGGGGGACCUGUGGUAA